AUGUCUAUUCCAAUUCAAUGCAUUCCUAGCGAUCGUGGUCCUCCUCUUCCGAAGUCAGGAGGAACGCCUAUCAUGGGCCCCCAUCGCAACAACAAGUGGAUUCGUCAUUUGCGUGCUCGAGAAAGACGUGACCGGGAGAUGCUGGAAGCAGCUGACACUCAAUGCUCUGAUGAUAUGGGGCAUGUUCAUGUUUGGGAUUCAGCCAUCUCUUCCGGACUCGGGUCUUUUGCUUCCAGUGUCCAUCACAAUAUCAGUCCUGGUCAAGCAGGCCCGGAAUCCACCUCUACCUCCUCUUCUCCCCUUCUAACUCCACCAAAACCAUCCACCACUGGGCUACAAUCUGUCCAAUUGAGCGACGAGAGCUGCAAUUCAAAGAUGAUGCGACAGCCAGAGACCAGACCUAUAUCCCAGGAUCAACUAGUCGCAGAGGUCAAGGGCAUAUAUGCUGGGUUGGUCAUGGUAGAGACCAAAUGCAUCGAGGUUAACAACACUCUGUCAGCACCCAAUACAGAAGCCAACAACAAGCUCCACAAUGAGCAGUGGCAGGCUCUCAUUGCCCUUCAUCGCACAUUACUCCAUGAGCACCACGAUUUCUUUCUUGCAAGUCAGCACCCGUCUGCUAGUCCAGCCCUUCGACGCCUAGCGUCCAAAUACGCCAUGCCUGCUCGCAUGUGGAGGCACGGGAUCCAUUCGUUCCUGGAGCUACUUCGACAUCGACUACCCUCUUCAAUUGAGCAUAUGCUUAGUUUCAUAUACUUGGCCUAUAGUAUGAUGGCUCUGCUGUAUGAGACAGUAUCUGCAUUUGAAGAUACCUGGAUAGAAUGUCUAGGUGAUCUAGGCCGAUACCGUAUGGCGAUCGAAGGCGACGACAUCCGGGAUCGCGAGGUCUGGACUGGAGUAUCUAAACGUUGGUACAAGGCGCCGGGCACUUCCCCAAACACUGGUCGUCUGUAUCAUCAUCUGGCCAUUUUGACCCGGCCCAAUGCACUCCAGCAGCUUUACUACUACACAAAGACACUCACAGUGCCUACCCCUUUCAUCAGCGCAAGAGAGAACAUCAUGUCCUUAUUCGACCCUGUCCUCUCUAACAAUCCAACUCGUUUAUCCCCAAUUGAUUCAGAAUUUGUCCGUGCUCACGGGAUCCUGUUCUCUGGCAAAAGCAUAGAGUGCAUGGAGCAAGUCAGUUCCAUCUAUACUUUCAUCAAUAAUCUGGAUGAACGUAUAAGCAAGACUUCGAAGAAAUGGCUGGAAGCAGGCUAUGAAACAAAGUUGCUGUUUCCUCGUCUAGGCUCAGAACAAGCCCGAAGACCCCUCCCAGAAGAUUUCGCAAUCAGAGGUCGUCUUUACAGCGAGGAUUACAUCACCACAGACUGGCUUGAUCUUGAUGCAGGAGGUGAUCUGGGAUUUGACCCAUUGGUGCUGGAACCAUACUCACUACCCCCCUCUUACCACACCUACUGGUUUGAGUCAACCAAAGAACAGUUUUGGCUGUCUUAUACCUACAGGUGCUCUCUUGUCACCAAGACCUUACAUUCUGUCUCCAACUAUCUCGCCAUGAUGGCUUGUUUUCAACUCGCAACAGCCCAUCACUAUUUCGAUAGCUUUCUUCUCGCACCUAGUUGCGAUUUACGGCUAGAUAGCUUACAGGAUAAAACACCCUAUCCAUUCAUCGCUGAUGCGUGCAUAAGGGCAACAUCAGUGCUGUCGCUUGGGCCCAUUGUAGAGAGGCAAAGCUGGGAGGAACUUCCAACCACCUGA